GUUUUGUGCAGAGGAAAAGAAUAUAAUGAAAUUUAUAACACUUCCUACAUUCAAAACCCUAGCUUUUUCACCUUCUCCAUUUCUGGUCUCUACAGUUGAUCGCCGACGGCAGCGGACGGUGACCGGAAAACAUGGUGCAUGUCAGCUUUUACCGGAACUAUGGAAAGACCUUUAAGAAGCCUCGACGCCCGUAUGAGAAGGAGCGAUUAGAUGCAGAGUUGAAGCUUGUUGGAGAAUAUGGACUGAGGUGCAAGAGGGAGCUUUGGAGAGUUCAGUAUGCUUUGAGCCGUAUCAGAAAUGCCGCAAGAAUGCUUCUGACCUUGGAUGAGAAAGAUCCACGCCGUAUUUUUGAAGGUGAAGCACUCUUGAGAAGGAUGAACAGAUAUGGAUUAUUGGAUGAGAGUCAGAACAAGCUUGAUUAUGUCUUAGCCCUCACUGUGGAGAACUUUCUCGAGCGUCGUCUCCAAACCCUCGUCUUCAAGACUGGCAUGGCUAAGUCAAUUCACCAUGCUAGAGUGCUCAUUAGACAAAGGCAUAUCAGAGUUGGUAGGCAGGUGGUGAACGUCCCUUCUUUUAUGGUGAGAGUGGACUCCCAGAAGCACAUCGACUUUUCUCUCACCAGUCCUUUCGGUGGUGGGCGCCCUGGAAGAGUUAAGAGAAAGAACCAAAAGGCUGCUGCAAAGAAAGCAGCUGGUGGUGAUGGAGACGAGGAAGACGAAGAAUGAGCUCUUUGAUUAUUUACGUUUGGAUGUUAUACUUUUGCUUAUGUUGUACUUGUUUUAUGUUUCUGCAAUUUUAUCUGCCUUUCGUAAAUUAGAGAAAUGUUUUUAACUGAGGUCGAGAGAAUUUGAGCUUGGGUUUUGCACUUGUUAAGUACUCGUUAGGCUUCGGUCUUGAGUUAAUUACUGAAUCAGUGGACGUGGUAUUAAGAGAAGUUUUGCCUGGGAUUUUCCUCA